CGCUGCCGGGCGAGAAGCGGCCGGGGCGAGGCGGAGCCGGAGCGAGCCCGGCGAUGGCUGCAGCGGGGCCGCGCAGCUCCAGGUGGCGUUUGAGGACGUCGCUCUGUAUUUCACCCGGGAGGAGUGGGAGCUCCUAUCCCAGCGAGAGAAGCAUCUGUACCGGGACCAGAUGCUGCGGAAUUAUUGGGCCCUUGUUUCCCUGGGCUAUUCAGAUUCCAAACCGGACUUAAUCCACCGGAUCGAGGUAGGGGAGGCAGAGCUCUGGAUCCAGGAUGCCGAGGACUGCAGGAAAAGCUCCGGGCCUGAGAGCCCCUCCUCGGCAGGGCACGGGAUCCCGGGAGGAAAGAGGGCACAAGCUGAAUGUGGGGAAAGCGCAGCAGGAAAGCAGGAUCCCACGGCCCACGGGGGGAUCCAUCCACAGGACACAGUCCAUCUCCAGGAUAAACUCAGCCAGAGACCAGAUGUGGCUACGCACCAGAGACUCCCUAUGGGCCGAGGUCCUCAUCACUGCAUCGACUGUGACAAGAGGUUCAGCAACGCCUCCGCGUUGACCCAGCACCAGCGCACGCAUGCCAGGGAGCAGCCGUAUCGUUGCUCUGACUGCAACAAGGGCUUUGCAGAGAGCUCAAAGCUGAGAAUACAUCAGCGCACACACACCGGGGAGCGGCCGUACCGUUGCUCUGACUGCGACAAGGGUUUUGCACAGAUUGCAUACCUGAGAAUACACCAGCGCACGCACACCGGAGAGCGGCCACGCUGCUGCCCCAACUGUGGCAAGAGAUUUGCACACAGCUCAAGCCUGAGAACACACCAGCGCACGCACACAAGGGAGCGGCCAUACCACUGCACUGACUGCGGCAAGGACUUUGCAGAGAUUGCGCACUUGAGAAUACACCAGCGCAUGCACAACGGGGAGCGGCCGUACCGCUGUGCUGACUGCAACAAGAGCUUUGCACAGAUCGCACACCUGAGAAGACAUCAACGCACACACACUGGAGAGCUGCCACACCACUGUGCUGACUGCGGCAAGGAUUUUGCACAGAUUGCGUAUCUGAGAAUACACCAGCGCAUCCACACUGGGGAGCGGCCAUAUCGCUGUGCCGACUGCAACAAGGGCUUUGCACAGAUCGCACACCUGAGAAUACAUCAACGCACACACAGUGGGGAGCGGCCGUACUGCUGCAUCAGCUGUGGGAAGAGCUUUGCAGAGAACUCAAAGCUGAGAAUACACCAGCGCACGCACACCGGGGAGCGGCCGUACUGCUGCACCGACUGCGGCAAGAGCUUUGCAGAGAGCUCAAGCCUGAGAAUACACCAGCGCACGCACACCGGAGAGCGGCCGUACCACUGUGCUGACUGUGGAAAGGACUUUUCACAGAUCGGACACCUGAGAAAACACCAGAGCAUGCACACGGGAGCAGCCGCAUCGCUGUGACGAUUGCAGCAAGAGCUUCAGCAAAGCCAAUAUGCUGACAAACCACCAACACAUAUGCGCACCGCUGUGCAUACUAUGGUA